AUGAAUGACCUGGCCUUCCUCAUCCACAUGCUGGAGCAGAACGACCCGCUGCUGGUGCAGCGCCUCUCCGUGUUCCUGUCGCCGGUCAGCGAGAGCAGACUGCUGGAGCAGAGCCUGGAGAGGCACUGGGGAGAAGAGAAGCUCCAGGCUCUGAGCAGCGUGGACGCGGAGGGCUGCAGCACCCUGCAGCUCGUCGCCCUGCCUCGCCUCCCUCCGACUCUGUUCACCCUCAGCCAGCUGCACGCCCUCAAACUGGAGCUCAUCGCUGACGCCAGGUUCACUUUGCAGGUGGCAAACAUGACUUCACUCAGGGAGCUCCACCUUUACCACUGCCCGGCGGCUGUGGAUCCUGGUGCGCUCGCAGUCCUCCAGGAACGCCUCGAGGUUCUCCACAUCACCUUCGCUCAGGCGUCACAGAUCCCCAGUUGGGUCCUCUCCCUCCACAACCUGCAUGAGCUCCACCUUUCGGGUCGCUUGGGCUGCGAGGGCGGCGUGGGUCAUGGCUGGGCCCUGGGGAGCCUGCGGCAGCUCCGUCACCUCCGCGUUCUGGUGAUCCAUGGGAUGCUGCACAGGGUUCCGUCAGAGCUGUGCGAGGUGGCAGGAAGCUUGGUGAAGCUGGAGAUACACAACGAAGGCACAAGGCUGCUUGUGCUGACGGGACUCAAGCGAAUGGCGGACCUGACAGAACUCCGGCUGCAGGACUGCCAACUGGACCGCCUGCCCUCAGCCCUGCUCGCGCUGACUCGCCUCCGGACGCUCGACUUGCAGCACAACAACUUGAGAACCCUAGAGGAACUGCUCAGUCUGGUCCACCUGCAGCGUCUUUCAUGCCUCAAACUCGCCUACAAUCGUGUGUUGGUGCUGCCGCCCACCGUCGGCGUCCUUUGA